AUGAAGGCUGCCGUUCUUCUUGGAGAAGUGAAUUCUAAAGAUAGCAUUGCCGACGAGCGGCUCAAGGAGCAUCGUGAAGCCCGUGUGGUGAUCCACAAUGAUGGAAGCACGUUGUGGGUUCCACAAGCCUUGUUCAAGAGCACGUGUGAGGUGGAAAUCACGUACUUUCCUUUUGACACCCAAAUUUGUAUGCUGGAGUUCGGGUCAUGGACUUACGACAAGACGCAGAUGGAUAUUGGGUGGUGGCUCUCCGAAGGUGACGUUGGCAUACCGAUGCCCUAUUUGGACUUCUCGGAUUACGUACCCAGCAACGAGUGGCGUACGGAUGGCGAGAAAGAACGGGAUUUGCCUGCCGCAAAUCGAACUAUCCAGAUUCGAUCCGUGAAGAAAUAUCGUCGUCGAAAUCAAACGGUUGGAAAUCAAGUGUUGACUCGUGAAUUCCCAGUUUUGCGUUAUCUAGUGCGACUGCGCCGCAAUCCUAGUUUCUAUGUGUUCAUGCUGGUCAUUCCAUGCGUGCUGUUAUCCUCGCUCACUCUUGUGGUGUUUUGGCUCCCACCGGAAUCACCUGCCAAAAUGAUGCUCGGAGGCUGUCCUCGUUUAGUACCAGUGAUUGGUUCAGAUUUUAUGGAUCAUCGUAUCGGUGCUAUGCUUUUAUUCAACGCUCGGUUAUGGAUGCGAAACUCGAGGAAUGAAUAUAUUCGUCGCCUUCUUCGUCUUGUUAAUCCUGCUUACGGAGUCGACCCCGAGCGCAGUAAAGAACUUCCCUCUGAUUGGUUGCUUUCAACUAUUCAACAUCUCUCUCUCCCUGUCUCACACUCCCCCAACGUGUCUUGUCUUGCCGUGCAGCUGGUUAUCGAAGGAAUCGGACGUUUAUUGUUAGUACGACAGAGGAUUCCAUUACCCGAUAUCAAAAAGAGCACCACUCAUAGUUCUCCACGCACUACUUCCAAUGUGCCAGGUAGACGUGAGAUGUCUGGGAGCAAUUUUCUAAUGAAUGAGUCCUCAUUCGGGGAAGAUUCUAGAACCAGCUUUCAUGGAAGUAAUGCUCACGGUCCCCCGGGGCUAAUACCGGGGGCAGGAUAUGCAAUGUUCGGUGACCAAAUACCGUACGAUGUCCGCGCCGGUGGUCCUGGUGGUUCGAUGCCUGGCCCCUAUGGUCCAGGUCCCGGAAUGUUGCCAAAGUUUCCACCCAAUGCAGGCUAUUUUGAGCCAUGUAGUUGUGGUGCGGCCGCUCGUGAGGGUUUGAUGGGUGAUCCUUCGGGCACGCCUGCAAUGGAUAAAGGCACGUUCGGGUUUCAGCGGACGAAAGACUCGGUGGGAAACGGAGCGCCGGACGUGGACGAACAAACCCCCACGUGGAUUAACUCGACCGCGGCGUUGGAACGGGAUGUUCGGGAAGUUAAACAGUACGUAAAAGCCUUCGUAAGUCGUCAGAAAGAAAUGCAUCGAAAAAGCUUGGUGGCAAUGGAAUGGCGUACCCUGGCGUUGGUACUGGAUCGCCUCUUCUUCGUUCUCUACAUUACCACCAUUGUGAUUGCAGUGGUUGUCUCGGUGCCUCGCAGCACUGAACCGGAACUUCCUGAAGCAUUCCGUGAGACGGAGAUCUACUGA